CCGCGAUUUUUCGUGGGACUUUGCCGUCCUAUAAAAACAACAAGCAGAACGUUGUUUAGUUGACGUUUUCGAGUCAGUCCCUUCGUUCCUUUUUCAGUUUUAGCCUGACAUUAGAACUAGGCUGUAUGCUUAGAAAUGUUCUUCGAGUAAUAGGAGAUAUAGCUAUGGGUAAGAAGAAAGGUGGAUUUUACGCCGUCAGAGUUGGGAGACAGACCGGAGUAUUCGACACAUGGGAGGAAUGCAAGAGCUAUGUCAGUGGAUAUGCUGGAGCAAAGUUCAAGAAGUUUGGAAGCAAUAAGGAAGCUCUUGAUUUCGUAAAUGGUGGAUCGAGCUCUUCGCCUUUCGCCACAUCAUCUUUAUCUUCUUCUCAUGGCUCGAGUGGUUCUUCAGGCUAUGUGCAGCCCUGUCCUACAAAGCGCCAUCACUCUGAAACAACCAGCUCUUUUGGGCAUAGUGGUACUAAGCGCUUUAAAUCCACACAAUACCUGGACACAGUACCUGCUAGUGUGGGCUGCACCACAUCAAGUGAAAGAGACCGACCUGUGGUUUACACCGAUGGCUGCUGUACCCGGAAUGGAUUCAGUGGAGCUAAAGCUGGAGUAGGAGUGUACUGGGGCCCUAAUCAUAAGAGAAACAUCAGUGAGCGGUUGCCGGGUAGACAAACAAACCAGAGGGCUGAAAUUGUGGCAGCUACAAUGGCUCUAGAGUCUGCUAAAGAAAUGGGCUUUACCAAGGUGGAGAUUCGCACUGAUAGCAAGUAUACAAUCAAUGGUAUGACGAGCUGGAUUAGGUCAUGGAAAAAGAAUGGUUGGAAGACAGCAGACAAUAAAGAUGUUAAAAACCUUGAAGACUUUCAAAAGCUGGACAAGCUGUGCUCUGAGAUAGAUGUACACUGGGGAACUACAAUCGCUCAAUAUUGCCCCAAAUGGAUUGAAACUUCACAGGGAUGUAAAUAACAACUCCACAAACAGACCCAUGUUGCUGGCCAUGCUGGAAUUGAAGGAAAUGAAAUAGCAGAUCAACUUGCAAAGGGUGGAGCCGAUAAGUCGCCUGUCUAGAAAUUAAUUAACCAUAAUUACAAACCCAUUUAUGCUUGGAUUUAAGAAAUAUAUAAUGCUUUGAUAUAAUGUUGUCAUACCGGAUCAUGUAACACUUUCCUGCAUUUGUGAUUAAUUAUUUAUUGUACAAUAAAUACAUUAUUAUUAAUAAUAUUUAAAAAUAGCUAUAGUAUUUCUUGUGUGGCUAGUGCAUAGCUCAAAAUAAGACAGGAAAAAAAGAAAAAUUGUUUAUAGUUUUUCAUUGAUUAAGGUUAAUAAAUGUAUUCUUUAUUAAAAAAAUAAAUUUGCAAUUGUUCAAUUCUA